AUGUCCGGCACACUCAUUUCGUCGCUCGUGUGGGUGCCACGCGGACGCGCCGCCUUGGCGCCCAAAAAGUACCAGCUCGACGAGGCCGAGAUGGAGCGCGUCGGCAAGCUCGGCGGCCCGGGCGUCCUCGAGCAGCUCAAGGAGCAGAUGGAGCAGAUGGAGAUGGACGACGGAGGCGACUGGGAGGACGCCAACGAUGACGACGAGGACGACGAGGACGAUAAUGAGGACGGAAGCGCAUCGGCAAGUGGCGAGGACGAGAAGAUGGAGGACGACGCUGCGGCCGAGCCCACCAAGCCUCACGACCCCAACGACCUCUCUGCGUUCAAGAUGGACGAGUACGACGACGAGCCCUCGACUGCGCCCAUGAUGGGCGCCUUCUCCAACGUCAAGGGCCUGACGUACUACCGCGACAACAACGAUGACCCUUACAUUACCCUCAAGGAGGACGACGAAGACAUUGAGCGCGAGGAGCUGGCGCUCCUCGAGACGGACAGCAUGGUCGUCACUGCGCGCACCAACUCGGACCUCUCGACUCUCGACUUCCACGUGUACGACGACUCCAACGAGAGCCUGUACACCCACCACGACCUCAUGCUCCCCACCUUCCCCCUCUGUGUCGAGUGGCUCGACUUUGCCUCGGGCUCGGGCUCGUCCGACGACGCGCGCACCGGCAACUUUGUCGCUGUCGGUUCGUUUGACCCCUCCAUUGAGAUCUGGGACGCCGACGUUGUCGACGGUCUCUACCCGCAGGCUAUCCUUGGUCCCGCUUCUUCGUUGGAAAAGCCCGAGGCCAAGCCUGCCGGCACCGGCAAGAAAAAGCGUCGCCAGCUCGUCCAGCCCACUGCCAACGCCGACUACCACGUCCAGCCCGUCCUGGGUCUCUCGUGGACCAACAAGUUCCGCAACUUGCUGCUUUCGGGUUCGGCCGACGGCACCAUCAAGCUCUGGGACCUGACCCGCGAGUCGCCCAUGGGCGCCCGUUCGUCUUGGGACAAGAUCCACGGCGGCGACAAGGUCCAGGGCCUCGAGUGGAACCGCGCUGCCGCUGGCUCUGGUGCGGACACUGCCGUGCUUUCCGGCGGCUACGACCGCACCGUCCGUGUCUGGGACCCGAUGACCAAGGACGGCGAGGGCUUUGGCGUCGCCAUGGGCGCCGACAUUGAGUGCGUCCGCUGGGACCCGUGGUCAGCCACCAACUUCUUCGUCUCGCUCGAGAACGGUCUCAUCCUCAACUACGACGCCCGUACUCUGUCGUCCUCCAAGGGCGCCAACAACAUCUCCACCGCUCGCCCCCUGUACACUCUGUCGGCGCACGACGGCGCUGCCACCGCGCUCGACAUCAACCCCCACAUCCGCGGCUGUAUCGUUACCGGCGGCAUGGACAAGACCGUCAAGAUCUGGAACGUGGCCGACGAGGAGACUGAGGGCAUCGCGGGCCGCAAGCGCGAAAUCUCUCUCGCAACCUCGCGUGACCUCGGCCUCGGCAAGGUCUUCUGUGCCCGCUGGAGCCCCGACUCUGAGACCCCGCUCGCGCUCGCUGCGGCCGGUUCAAAGGCCACCGUCCAGGUGUGGGACGCCGCCUCGAACCCCGGUGCGCGCAACGCGUUUGCCGAGCGUCUCAAGCGCCACGGCCGCGAGCUCGGCGCCAUCAAGGCCGGCGGCGGCUUGAUUUCCAACAACGCCGGCGAGGACGAGGGCGACAGCGAUGACGAGUAA